AUGACAUCUCCAGAUUUGAGAAAAUACAUGGACAAGAAACUCAUUCUACAGCUUAACGGCAAUAGGAAAAUUAUUGGAAUAUUACGAGGAUAUGAUGCAUUUUUGAACUUAGUACUGGAUAAUCCAAUACAGAUUUUCGAAGAAGGAGAGGUCCAAAUGGGACCCCAGACUGUUGUUAGAGGUAACUCCAUUGUAUCGAUAGAACCUCUUGACAGUUUGUAA